UCAAAACACGCCGUAAUGGCGUCUAGUCAGCGGGCCUUCGUACAGAAGCUCAGCAAGCAAGCCAAUGCUGACGUGCGACGCCAGAUUGCGUCGACCGGCUCGGAACGGGACUUCUUUCGAAGUGUGAGCGGUGCCCAAGGAAGUGUGGCGCUGAGCGAUGUGGUGGAGCCCGUGGACUUUGAGGACUUCCUGGAGCAGCACCGGGACCUUGCGGAUCGAGAUCCGAUCAGCGACCUCCUGGAGUUUCCCCACGACGACCUGGAGGUCGGAGUGCUGCCCCGCAAGUGUCGCACCGUCGAGCCCAUCGUGCCCGAAGAAAACCCGGAGGAGCUGGAGCCGCACGUGCGCCAGUGCCUGCACACGCACACCUGCGACUGGGUGGUGGUGAACCGGUGCUACCAGGGCCACAGCUCGAGCGUGGCGGUGCACGACGGACCCCUGGAGCGGGCCGCGGUGGUGCGCACCACGCCCCGCCGGGAGUUCGAGGUCGACCUGGGAGAGGCCCCCUGCCGCCAGCCGCCUCCGGGAGAGGACGUCCCGGUGUGUCGGGCGGACUGCCAGGGCGGAGCCCCCUCGGAGACGCCGCGGGGCAGUUGGGCGAGCAGCGUGUUUGACCUGCGCAACUCGGAGGCAGACCCGCUGCUGCCCUCGCUGCUGGAGCGCACUCCCCCGGAAGAGCUGGACCGGAGGAACGCGCUGGUCCGCCAGGAGAGCCGCCACGACGCCCUCUUCGAGCUCUACCCGUGCCAGGACGAGGAAGAAAUUGUGGAGCGGAGGUUGCCAGCCGACUUACCUCGGGAACAUUUGGGUCACCGCAUCCUCGUUCGAUGUCUUGCUCUCAAGUUGGAACUUGAGAUCGAGCCCAUCUUCGGAAGCAUGGCCCUUUAUGACGCCAAAGAGAGAAAAAAGGUCUCGGAGAACUUCUACUUCGACAUGAACCCGGAACCGCUGAAGCGCAUGCUGUCGAGCCAUGUCCCGUACCACGACAUCUCGACACUCAGCCGAGCCUGCAUCUUCAACGUCACAUACCCUUCGACUGACCUCUUUCUCGUCGUUAAGCUGGAGAAAGUUCUGCAGGGAGACAUUACUGAAUGUGCAGAGCCCUACAUGAAAGACGAAAAGAACAAGGACAAGGUGCGAGGCAACGCGGUGGCGACCUGCGAGCGCCUGGGCAAGUACCGCAUGCCGUUUGCCUGGACGGCCGUCUACCUGCUCAACGUGCUGACGGGCGUCAACAGCCUCGAUCGGGACAGCGACAGCGUCGGUUCAGGCACCCUGGGGAGGAGGGGCUCCCUGGAGCGUCGGAGCGGGUCGGAGAAGAGGCGAAGCUGGUCUCCGGACGACUUCGCAAAUGGCCUGGACACCUUCCGACCCGUCACCCUCACCGUCACCAGCUUCUUCAAGCAGGAAAGCGACAAGCUCAGGGACGACGACCUGUACAAAUUUCUGGCGGACCUGAAGCGUCCGGGCUCCGUCCUCAAGAGGCUCAAGAGCAUUCCAGGGAGCCUGCGCCUGGACAUCUCGCCGUGCCCCGAGGAGGUGCGCUACUGCCUGAGCCCCGAACUGGCGCGCCUGGUCCCGUACCCGGACGAGAAAGGGCGCCCCACCAAAGAGGCGCUGGAGUUCCCGCCGCGGGAGGUGCUCAGGCCGGACUAUGUGUACCGCAACCUCCUGUACGUCUACCCCCGGGCCCUGAACUUUGCGGGCAGGCCGGGCUCGGCCAGGAACAUCGCCUGCCGCAUCCAGUUCAUGUGCGGGGAGGAGGCCACCUGCGCUCUCCCCGUGCUGUUUGGAAAAUCGAGCUGCCCAGAGCUUGUCACGGAGGUGUACACUUCGGUCACUUACCACAGCAAGUCCCCCGACUUCCAGGACGAGGUGAAGGUGAAGCUGCCGGCCAGGCUGACCGACCGGCACCACCUCUUCUUCACCUUCUACCACAUCAGCUGCCAGCGCAAGAUGGAGCAGACGCCCACCGAGACGCCCAUCGGCUACACGUGGUUCCCGCUGUACCAUGAGGGGCACCUGCAGACGGGGGACCACGUGCUGCCCGUGAUGCUGGAGCAUCCACCGGCCAGCUACUCCUUCCUGACGCCCAGCGUUCAGAUCCCCAACACCAAGUGGGUGGACGGGCACAAGGGGCUCUUCGACGUCUCCCUCCACGCGGCCUCCACCGUCCACCCCCAGGACCCGUACCUGGACCGCUUCCUGCAGCUGUGCACGGCGGUGGAGGGAGGCCACGUGCCACCCCGCCUGCUCAACGGGGAGACGGCCGAGACGGAGCUAAGGGCCAGCCUCCUGGAGCUGGUCCGGUGCCGGCCCGGUCCCCUGGUCCGCUUCCUGCCCACCGUGCUGGACGCGCUGGUGCGCAUGCUCGUGCAGCCCCCCCGCCUGGCCGGCCAGCCCUUCAACCUGGGCCAGGCCGCAUUCCACGCCCUGGCUGCCGUCGCCGACACCGUCGCCAAGCUCCUGGAGGACCAGAACGACCAGCACGGGAGGAAUGCCCUCCUGGCGACGUACGUCCAGUACCAGUGCACCCUGCCCCACCCGGACCCGUACCUGCCUUCUCCCUCCGGCGACUCCCCGCUUCUUGUCGGCAAUGUGUACGGCACCAUUGGGAGGGCCUCAAGCGCCGUCCCCAUUGUGAAGUCUCCGCACGGCCGAAGCAGCAGCAACCCGGACCUGGCGAGCUCGUGCUCGUCGCCGACGCACGAUCCGGACUCGGAGCCGAGCGCGCUCGUGGGAGGUCCACCGCGUCCACUGGACCGCACGGCCAGCAUGCGACCGGCCAAUGGCACAGCCUCCUCACCCCUCCGUGGCGGACCAUCGCGGAAGCUGGUGCACGAGGAGCUGGUCCUCCAGUGGGUGGUGUCGAGCGGCACGGCACGAGAACUGGCGCUCGCCAACGCCUGGUUCCUGCUGGAGCUGGUCGUGAAGAGCAUGACUCAGCACCUCGCUGCCACGGGGCGACUCCACGUGCCGCGCAAGGUGCGAUUCAGCAGCCGGUUUGCGGACGACGUGACGACGCUGGUGACGACGAUGACGUCGGACAUCAUCAGCCGGUGCCACCAGGAGGUGCGUGACUUUCGGACAGUUCAGAAUCUCAACACAAGCCUGGCGUUCUUCCUGUACGACCUGCUCUCCAUCAUGGACAGGGGAUACGUCUUCCAGCUCAUCAAGACGUUCUGCAAACAGGUGUCGGCCAAGAUGCAGGCGCUGCCGGAGGGUAGCAGCCUGGCCUCGCUGAAGCUGGACCUGCUGCGGGUGGUGUGCAGCCACGAGCACUUUGUGACCCUGAACCUGCCCUUUGGCACUCCGCUGACCCCGUCGCCCCCCGCCUCCCCGUGUCCCAGCAUCGCCUCCUCCCAGGGCUCGGCCGUGUCGGGCUCCACCCUCACGGACCGGUCCGCCUUUGCAGAGCUCUCCCCGGAGUAUCGGCAGCAGCACUUCCUCCUGGGGCUCCUGCUGUCCGACCUGGCCACUGUGCUCCACACCAGCAACCCCACCCUGCAAGGGAAGGCCGUGAAUGCGGUGAGGAACCUGCUCACCUCGCACGACUGGGACCCCCGCUUCAAUGACCUGGAUGCAGUGCGCCCCAGGGUUGCUACGCUGUACCUGCCCCUGGUGGCGGUGGUCGUGGACGCCCUGCCUUGCCUGUACGACUGGAGAGCCGACAACAGGGUGCGCUUUGCAGACAACUCGGAGACCAACUCUCGACGGAGACCUGCGUCCAUUCACCAGUCUGUUGCCAUGGCGAUAGCUGGGUCCAGCGUUCUGUACCGCUCGGAACCUGAGCCCUACGAUGCUCCUCCCCAUAGCCAGCUGAAGGAGGAGGCCACCAAGCACCUGCUUGCCUGCUUCCUCUGGGUGCUGAAGAACGCCGAUCAGCGCACUCUGCGCCACUGGUGGGCUGACUGGCCCCCCCAGCGGCUCAACCAGCUCCUCGACAUCCUCUACAUCUGCGUCUCCUGCUUCGAGUACAAGGGAAAGAAGACGAUGCGUAGGUUUGCCCAGCAGACGCUGCGGAAGACCUCCGACAUCAAGUCGAAGCUGGAGGACGCCAUUUUGGGUCAUUCUAGUGCCAGAAGCGAGAUGAUGAUGCGGCGACGCGGAAACAACGCCGGCUCGGGCGGUGGACCAGAGCGCAGUGCGCAGCUGCAGACACCGACGCAAGGAGACCGUCUCAGGUGGCGGAAGGACCAGACGCAGUGGCGCCACGGUUCGGACAGCUUUGACAGGCCCAAAGUGGAAGUGGAGGUGGAGGCUCACAUGGAGGGCAACCUGGCCACCGAGGUGACUGCCACCGUUCUGGACGUCCUCGAGCUCAUCGUCCAGGUGGUGUCCCAGUCGGACUCCCAGCAGAGCGUUUUGGGCACAGUGCUGCGUGUUCUCCUUCACGCCCUGGAUUGCAGCCAGAGCACCCUGGUACUCCAAAGCCUCUUUGCCACCCAGCGGUCUCUGGUCUUCAAGUUUCCAGAGCUGCUGUUUGAAGAGGAGACGGAGCAGUGUGCGGACCUGUGCCUGCUGCUGCUGCGCCACUGCAGCUCGGCCAUCCGCAGCGUGCGCUCCCAGGCCUCGGCCUCCCUCUACCUGCUCAUGCGACAGAACUUCGAGAUUGGAAACAACUUUGCCAGGGUGAAGAUGCAGGUGACCAUGUCCCUGAGCUCACUGGUGGGCACGAGCCAGAGCUUCAACGAGGAGUUCUUGCGCAAAUCCCUCAAGACAAUCCUGGUCUACGCGGAAGAGGACGUCGAACUCCAGGAGACCACUUUUCCCGAGCAGGUUCGGGACCUGGUGUUCAACCUGCACAUGAUCCUGUCGGACACGGUCAAGAUGAAGGAGUUCCAGGAGGACCCCGAGAUGCUGCUGGACCUGAUGUACCGCAUUGCCAAGGGAUACCAGAACUCGCCCGACCUGAGGCUCACCUGGCUCGCCAACAUGGCCCAGAAACACACUGAGCGAGGAAACCAUGCAGAGGCCGCCCACUGUCUCAUCCACUCUGCCGCCCUGGUGGCAGAAUACUUGCACAUGCUCGAGGACAGGCCUUGCCUGCCUGUGGGUUGCAUCUCCUUCGAGAAGGUGUCCCACAACGUCCUGGAGGAGAGUGCGGUGUCGGACGACGUGCUGUCCCCCGACGAGGAGGGGGUCUGCACGGGCAAGUACUUCACCGAGAACGGGCUCGUCGGGCUGCUGGAGCAGGCCGCCAACUCCUUCUGCCUGGCUGGCAUGUACGAGGCCACUAACGAGGUCUACAAGAUCCUGAUCCCCAUAUCGGAGUCCCAUCGGGACUACAAAAAGUUGGCCAACAUCCACAGCAAACUGCACGAGGCCUUCACAAAGGUAGUGCAGCAGGCCGGCAAACGUGUGUUUGGAACCUACUUCCGGGUGGGAUUCUACGGACCACGGUUCGGCGACCUGGACGGUGAAGAGUUCAUCUACAAGGAGCCGACCCUGACCAAGCUGCCCGAGAUCUCCCAUCGCCUCGAGAGCUUUUACUCGGAGCGAUUUGGCUCGGACUACGUGGAAGUGAUCAAGGACUCGAACAUGGUGGACGUGUCCCGGCUUCAUCCUGAAAAGGCUUACAUCCAGAUCACUUACGUGGAGCCGUACUUUGACAUGUACGAGCUACGGGAGAGGCACACAUACUUCGACAAGAACUACAACAUCAAGCGGUUUGUGUACGCCACGCCCUUCACGCCGGACGGCCGGGCCCAUGGCGACCUGCACGAGCAGUACAAGCGCAAGACCAUCGUGACGGUGGCCAACUCCUUCCCCUAUGUCAAGACGCGGAUCCAGGUCGUGGAGCGCAAGCAGGUGGUGCUGACGCCGAUCGAGGUAGCCAUCGAGGACAUCCAGAAGAAGACUUUGGAGCUGGCCCUGGCAACGCAGCAGGAACCCUCGGACCCCAAAAUCCUGCAGAUGGUGCUGCAGGGGUCCAUGGGCCCCACCGUCAACCAGGGCCCCAUGGAGGUGGCACUGGUGUUCCUCUCGGACCUGCAGGACCCGCUCCGGGCACCCUCGCCCUGGCAGCACAAGCUGCGCCUCUGCUUCAAGGACUUCAGCCGCAAGUGCAACGACGCCCUACGCAAGAACAAGACGCUGAUUGGGGCCGACCAGAGGGACUACCAGAAGGAGCUUGAGCGCAACUACCACCGCUUCUCCGAGCGCCUGCUGCCCAUGAUACGGAACAAUUCCUUCCUCUACCGCUCGGCAGUUCCUGCAGACGGAAGACCGGCAAAGGUUGCGCUGUGAACUUCACCACAUCUCAUCUCACUACUUACUGCUCUGACAGCCUGCCUUUCAAGCCUCUGUGGUCACACCUCGACAGAGUUUUUUACUCGGCCAUAUUUUUAACCCUGCUCCAGCUUCGAGAAUGGCACCGACACACAAUCUUAUCGCUGUAGUAAUUUCAUUUCAUUUGUGCUUUAGUGUCUGUGGCCUUUGUUUGUGUGCUUUCAUUUCAUUUUAUGUGUGUGUAAAUUCCACUUUGUCUUUCGAGUAUGUCAGACUUAUCGCAGAAUUAAAAUUUUUAAAAGUG